UAUACACUGAAGCUGUAUUCUCCAUUUUGUGGAUUGCUGGUACAAGCGUCUCCUUCCUCAUUCAUACACCAGAACACUACUAGACACUGAGAGGUUAAACCAAAAUCAGAUACCUACGUGGACUACGCUAAAGAACUCUGCCACAGAUAACCAAUGUCAGCGGAAGACCAAGAGGCACAAGUGGAUGAACUAUUUGCCCUUGCUAGUAUUUACUCUGAAGACGAAUAUAAGAGGACAGAUGCUGCUCCAGGAGGGGAAAUUCAUUUGUGUCUAGAUUUACCUUCAGAUUUUGUAGUAUCUAUAAAAAGCAACAGUGCAACAAACUCCUUUACAGACAACUUUGAGAACACUGUGUCCUUUCUGCCAUCAAUCAUCUUGAACUUUGAACUUCCUCCCGGAUAUCCAUCCACUUCACCCCCGAACUUUACAUUAAGCUGCAAGUGGCUUUCUCCAGCACAGCUUACUCUGUUAUGCCAGCGUUUAGAUGACCUAUGGGAAGAGAACAAGGGAUCCGUUGUCUUGUUUCGAUGGAUUCAGUUUCUAAAUGAGGAGACACUCGAUUACUUAAACAUAAAAUCUCCAUAUGAAAUUGAGGUGUCCAGUAAUGGUUUACAGGACUGGAGUCAAUCCCCUGAAAAGACCCUUGAUAAUGGGGUCUUAUCGGAAAGGGAGGCAUUGGACAGACGGGGUAUACAGGAUGUGCAGUCAGUGUCUGCUCUAGUUAAAUGUAUUUUGGACUUCAAUGAAGCCCAACAGAAGAAGGCUUUUGAUCGGAAACUAUUCCUAUGCAAUAUCUGUUUUAUGGAGAAAUUGGGCAGUGACUGCACCCACUUUAAGGCAUGCGAGCAUGUAUACUGUAACACCUGUCUUAAAGAAUACUUUGAAAUCCAGAUUAAGGAAGGACAAGUCCAUGCCCUGAACUGUCCUGACCCAGAGUGCUCGUCUGUUGCAAUGCAUGCUCAGGUAAAGGAUCUGGUUGGGGAGCAGCUUUUCAGCCGUUAUGAUGAAUUCCUCCUGCGAUCAAGCCUGGAAUUAAUGCCUGAUAUUGUUUACUGCCCCCGACCAAGCUGCCAGACACCAGUCAUGCAAGAGCCAGACAAAAGAAUGGGAAUUUGUUCAGCCUGCCAAUACGCGUUUUGUGUCUACUGCAAAUUUGGCUUCCAUGCAUUCUCCCCUUGCGUAGUAUCUAAAGCAAGACUUCUCGAAUUGGCUGAAGAGUAUUUUGCUGCAAACGCAAAGACAAAGAAAGAAAUGUUGAUGACAUAUGCAGGACUUGGGAAGACUGUUGAAGAUAUAAAGAAUAAGGAGUGGAUAAAGGAGAACUCAAAGCCCUGCCCUAGCUGUAAAAGUCCCAUUCAGAAAAAUAGUGGCUGUAACAAGAUGACUUGCACUGCGUGUAAGCAGUUCUUCUGCUGGAUGUGUAUGACGAUCCUGCCUCAAGUAGACCCAUAUAAACAUUAUAAGGAUCCUGCAGAUUGUAGAAAUCAAAGGCUAGAAAAUGCCAGAAGAUAGACCAGAGUACAAGGAUGGUUAUCAAUGAGAACAAGAAGAAUAAAGAACAGUUCAACAGUUCCACAUCCCUAUGGCCACCUGCCUUACAGAAGAGAUAGAUAUUUGACAAAGAGAUAGAUGUUUGACAAUGUAGAAGCUCGUAGGAGUACCAGGCAGUGAAUUGUUUUAUGGAUUUGUAAAGUUGUAAAAAGUGAGAUUUAAUAAACAAUUUAUUAAAGUUUAUAAA